AUGCCGGCCACCAGAAAGCGCUCGAGGCGCCAUCUUGAACCCGAGACUGACCAGGUCGCCUCUGCACCAGAGUCUCCCAAGGAAAUCCCACUAUUGCAACGCAUCAGAAAUACCUGGCAGUUUUCCAAUCUGUUUCAAUGGAUCUUCUUGUUCGGAAAGGUCGUCAAGAUUGAUGAGAGUAUCGACAUGGAUGUCCUUGAAACCGAGUGCUUGAAACCUCACUCCACUCUGCUCCUCGAUAUAGGUCUUGCCUUGCUCAAGUUUGUAUCUUCGCAUCGUGGCCUGACACCAGAACUCUUCGACGAGUACACCCGCCGCCAAUAUGUUGCCAAGAAGCCUGACCACAACCCCUUCGGCACUGAUCAAGACCCUGCCAGGUUUCACGACUUUGAUGUCUUCACAAAGCUCCGAGUACUCCAGCAGUUGACCCAAUGGGUAAUGCUGCACCCCGAACGCAUCCGAGACAAGAUGGAUGAGCAGACGCUGUCCGAUCAGACCGACUGGAGGAUAGAACCCUAUGGCUGGGACAGCGAAGACCGCGAGUACUUUCUCCUUGAUGAUGAUCGCUUGUAUCGUCGGACUGACCCUCCCCCAACCAUCCCCACCUGGAAACCUAAGAAGAAUAGCAAGAAGGCGAAAGCUGCUGCCAGAGCCGCCAAGCGACGUCGCGUUUCCAGGUCCACCGCUGCCGACGCUGAUGCCGAAGAUGCCGAGGAUGGCCCUGCCUCCGAUGUGGAAGAGGUUUCUGCUGUUGAAGAUGAACAAGACGACGGCUUCGGAGGAGCAAAGUGGGAGUGUAUUGCCGUCUCCCUAGACCAAGUCCGCGCCUUUCUUAACACGAUCCGCAAGACUCGUGAUGAAAACGAGAAGAUAUUGAGAGACCGCAUCGAGGACGGUCUCGUCCCGAUCCUAGAAAAACACGAAGAGUCGCGCAAGAGAAAGCUUUUGGCAAGAGAGAGAGAACUUCUCAGCCUCGAGAAGAUGGCCCAUGCAAAGAGAUCCAGUCGCCUGGCGGGUAGGGCAGAACGCCAAAAGCAUGAUGAAGAAGAGCGUCAAGAGGAAGAGAGACGCCGCCAAGAAGAAGCAGCCUCCCGUAAAGAGGAGCAACUACGCAUCAAGCGGGAAAAGGAGCGCGACAACAGAAUGAUGUCCCGUGAGAACCGUCUCAAAGAACGAGAAGUACGGCGACUGAAGCAUCAAGAGGAACUGGCUCAGCUCUCCGAAGAUGGCAGGAAUAUCGACUCCGACAGUGCCAACAGGCUUUCGGGACGUCGACUAGAAGCCGAGAUUGCCAGGAAUAAACAAGCCCUUGAGGAGCUCGAAGACGAGGAGGACGACUGGAUCUUCGAUUGUAUUUGCGGAGUUUAUGGACAAGUAGAUGACGGGACACACAGCAUUGCUUGCGAGAAAUGCAACGUCUGGCAGCAUAGUAAAUGCGCCAGCGUUAGUGAAAAAGAGGCUGAGCGAGAUGAUUUCCAUUUCAUUUGCAAUACCUGCAAGCGAAGAGAAGCGAAUCCUAAGCAUACCACCAUCAAGCUCAAGGUUAAGGGCCUAGCUGAUGUUCCGUCGUCUCCCACAGAAAAGUCAUCCGAGGAACGGCCUGCUUCAAAACGAUCGAACCAAGGCGUUGCCAUUCCCUCGGAACAGACUGCGCGGCCCAACUUGUCACCGUAUACAAACGGCACUGCGUCACGAUCUCAGUCCUUGCAGCAGUCUCGCCUGCAACACAGCUCUCCCCAGGCAUCAACCAAAACCAAGAUUCCUAUCAAACCUAUGAGCCAUACUCCAAUCCUCCCUCCGCCGUCGCCCUUCUACAACACUGAUGGAUCAAAUCCCUUCUCGUCGCCACACCCAACAUUAUCACCGCCGCAACAAUCACCAAACAAAUCACGGGCAUAUUCUACCAUUAACCAAUCGUCCCCACCGGCUGCAUCCAAGUCACUAGGCACAAGCAAGAUCCUGCCUCCGAAGGGUGUAUUUCACAUUUCUCCGAAGGCCAAUGGAACUAUGCCGGCCCAAAAGGGAUCUUCCGAGGGUCUGCCUCCGAAAACUAGUGAAACACCAGUGCCGGUGCCUGCAGUGCCCACGUCUCCACUAAAGCAACCUUUCCAGGACGCAGGUAACAGACUUUCAGGACUAUCACCGCCCCCAGCACCUUUUGCAGCUGCGCGUCGUGCAUCCAACAGCAGCGCUGCUCCCUCACUUCUUUCGACUCCACAACUCAAGCACGGUCAGCCCGCGCCCGCAUUAGAUGUCAAGACACCGACUCUUCCGCCCUACCAGAAUGGCAUCUCACCUCUGAAACGGUCACCUCCACAUGGUCAGCAAUCGGCUAACGGAGCGCGAUCUUCACCCGCUCCGCCGAUUCUCCCCCCUGUUGCACUCUCCCCGACACCAUCAAAGCAGAUCAUGACACCGCCGGUCAAACAUGUUGAGCCUUUGCGGUCUGCAUCACAACGGUCUACUAGCGGCAGUGAAGCGGCAUGA